UCCUCCUUCCUCCAUCAGCUUAUCCUCAUUCUGUCCCGCCCAAGUGUCCUCUAUGAUGCUCCGUGCCCGUUCUGCCCUUUCGGCCUCAUCCCUCCGUCCUGCUCUGCGACAGACGCCUGUUGCCUGGCUCGUCUACACCCCCGCUUGCCGCUCCUUCCAUGCCUCUCGGGCUCGGGUUGCCACCCUUGCCUCGCCUCGCAUGUGGGCUGCUGGGGCAGUGGCCUUGGGCGCCGCCGCCCUGCUAUCGCUCAACUCGGUCGCCAGCGAUUCGCCCUCCCAAUCGCCUGCCUUGCUGGGGACCGAGAGCACCGGACCUGAUGGCAUCCCCAUCGCUACGAAUUGGAUCCAAGAUCCGCAAAAGCCUCUGCUCGUUGUCCUGGGCUCGGGAUGGGGCGCUACCUCCCUGCUCAAGGAGCUCGAGCCUGGUGCUUACAACACCCUGGUGAUCUCUCCAACCAACUAUUUCCUGUUCACUCCCUUGCUCCCCGAGGCAACUACAGGAACAGUCGAGACUCGCAGCCUGAUGGAAAGCAUCCGUCGCAUCUGCCAACGAGUCCGCGCGACAUACUUUGAAGCACACGCUUAUGACGUUGAUGUCCAGCGGAAACUUGUUCUCGUCGAAGUCGAUGAUUCCAUCGCGGACCAAGCUGUCAAGCGGAGGUUCUAUGUCCCCUAUGAUCGUUUGGUGGUUGCCGUUGGUGCCCAAAACAACACCUUUGGCAUCCCUGGUGUCUCUGAGAACUGCAACUUUCUCAAAUCCAUCAAGGAUGCCCGCGCGAUCCGAGCCAAAAUGAUGGAUUUGUUUGAACACGCUGCUCUUCCAACCACGACCGAGGCUGAACGAAAGAAAUUCUUGAGCUUUGUCGUCGCCGGAGGUGGUCCGACCGGCGUCGAGUAUGCAGCCGAGCUCUCGGACUUCCUGCACGAAGAUCUCAUCAAGUUUUUCCCCGAUCUCGUCCGCAACGAUGUCAGCAUCACCGUCAUCCAAAGUGCCGACCACAUCCUCAACACUUACUCGAAAGCCAUUUCAGAGUUUGCCGAGCAAAAGUUUAAGCGCCAGAGCAUCAAUGUUGUUACCAAUGCUCGCGUGACCCGAGUCAACAGCGACACCAUCGAAUACAAGCUCAAGAAGCCCCAGGCCGGAGGCCCGGAAUCCAUCGAGCUACCCUACGGCAUGUGCGUCUGGAGCACUGGAAUUGGAAUGAAGCCUAUCACCAAAAGACUCACUUCGUCCAUUUCAGAGCAAAAGAACUCCAAGGCUCUGCUUGUGGAUACGCGACUCAGGCUCUUGGGUGGUGCGGGUGUCUAUGCUCUAGGUGAUUGUGCCACAAUUGAAACUCCGCAAAUGCUCAAGCUUGUCAAUGAACACUACCAAAAAACUGGCCGCGAUCUCUGGAGCUACGGCGAGUUUAAAGAGGUCGCCGACGAGCUCGUUGAGCGAUAUCCACAAACCGCCGUUCACUUGGGCCAGUGCACUCCUGAAGAUUUUGAGAAGCUUGAUCUGGACCACAACGGUCGUCUGGAUCGCGAUGAGAUCAAGAAAUGGCUCGAUGACGUCAACAACCACCUGACGUCGCUCGCGCCAACCGCCCAGGUGGCGUCGCAGCAGGGCGCCUAUCUGGCACAUCAGCUGAACCAGCUCUCCCUCAUCCCGCGUGAAACCUGGGAUCACUACGAAAACACAAAGCUCAAGCCUUUCCGAUACCGCCAUUUUGGCAGCUUCUCCUACGUGGGACAUGACAAUGCUGUGCUGGACCUUCAAAAUGUGUGGUCGUCCGUUGGCCACAUCAAUGGCGUGGGCGCCUACUUCCUGUGGCGCGGUGCUUACUUGAGCGAGCAAGUGUCGCUUCGAACCCGAGCCCUUAUCGGUUUUGACUGGGUCAAGAAGCAGCUCUUUGGAAGAGAUAUCACCCGAUCCUGAGCGGAUCAUGUGCUUCUCAAGGGGCUUUGUAGAUGUACAAACAAGUGCGCUGUCGUUCCUGUCUUCAUGUGGUCAAUGUGGGGUCUUGUGUCGGUAACUGGGGG